UCUGUCCGUCCCAAAAAUCAGCAAUUUUCUCCUUAGUUCUUUUACUCCCCACUUUAUUCCUUUUUUAUUCUUCCCAAUCAAUAUCUAACACUCAAGCAUAUACAAUAAGUGUGGUGUAUAUAAUCUCUAUCCGCGUGUGUAUACGGGCUGAAUCCUUUGCAUAUAAUUCAUCAAUGAUUCAGUUCUCGGGUAAUGUGAAUUAGUUAGUGUUUGACUACUUGGGAUUAUAUUUUUCUGCAAUCAAAUCGUGGUGAUCAUCUCUAACUCUUUCUCAUAUUCCCAUCGGAUUUAGGUUUUCCUUUUAUAUAACGUAUAAACGUAUUUGAUUUUGCCUUGGGGUGUACAAUUGUUAUUUUCCUUCUUUUUUCUUUGAGCUGGGGGCUUCUACGAAGAACACAGUUCUAUCGUGAUCUUGCUUCAGUCACAGGUCUGUUUUUUUAAUUUUCCUACUUUUUUCAGCUUCAUUCUUUUCUUUUGGGUACAUAUAUACACGAAUUUGUUCGUGUUUAAAAUAUGGGUUACUGCAAAUUUUGUACAUUUUCAUGGUCUUUUGUGAUCUUUGGAUAAAUAAAGAAAGCUUUGAAUUUCGGCGUCUCUUAGGGUCUUUUUUUGGAACAAUAAUUGAGGGUUCUUGAGGAUACACAAUGGCGUUAAGUCAAGAAGAAAAUCCGUUUUCUGAAGAAAAGUUUGAGGAUGGGUGUUCAAUUGAGGAAUGUUUGGGUAGAAAAGGUAAAAAUCUGGGUGUUGAGUUUAAAUCCGAGAAGUUGUGUGAAGGUAUUGAUGAUAUCUUGCCUAACGAUCCGUUUGAUAUGGGGGUUACUCUAGGGUUACCUAAUGAUCCAUUUGGUAUGGAUUUCAAUAUUGGCGCCACUGUCAUGGCAAUAAGUGGUUGGAUUGAGGAUAUUGAGAAGAAUUUUGGGAGAAAGAGUUCUGGGUUCGAGAUGGGGGAAGCCUCUGGGGUUAAAAAGGAUGAUAACAAAUUAUUUUCUGAACUGAAUUUUAUUUUGAGCAGCUCCAUGAAGUUUGAAUUAGAAGUAGGAGACGAAAAGGGGAUUGAUGAAAACUCAGUUGAUUCAGAUAUGGAUUCGGAUCAUGGUUUAUACGAACACCAUUAUCUGUUGGAAGGUAACACAGAGGAGUCGAUAUGUUUUGGAUGUGAAAAAUAUUCAAUAUCAAGCGCUGAGAAGAAAGGAAACGAACUUGUCACAAAUAAUAAUGAUGGCAAUGAAGGUGCUCCACCAGAUGCUUUGUUCUUUGCUCUUGGUUAUCUUGGUGUGAGGGACCUACUUUCUGUUGAAAGUGUUUGCAAAUCUUUGCGGGAUGCCAUUCAGAAUGAUCCCCUUUUAUGGAGAGAGAUUCGCAUAGACUACCCAUUGAAUGUUAAGAUUACUGAUGAUGCUCUUGUGCGGUUAACAGACAGGGCUCAAGGUAGUCUUCACAGCCUCAACCUUGUAAACUGCUUUAAGAUCAAGGAUUCUGGUCUGAAAAGGGUGCUUGAAAAACAUCCGCGGUUGACCAAGUUAAGUGUACCGGGAUGCAUUGGACUCAGCAUUGAAGGUGUUUUGACCAACUUAAAGUCCUUCAAGUCUUCUGGUAAAACUGGUAUCGAGAUUCUGAGAAUCGGCGAAAUUUGCAGUGUAAAGGAUGAUCAGUUAAAAGAGUUAAGGCUUUUAUUGGGUGAAGAUAAAGACAAACAACGCACUGCCCACAAACUGCAUUUUUAUCGUUAUGGGCAGUUGUAUUUAUCUUUGGAAGAUGAAUGUGCAAUUGAUGUAAACGUGUGUCCGAGAUGCCAGCACGUGAGACUGGUCUAUGAUUGUCCAGCCAAGAGUUGCCAACAAAGGCCCCACACCUCACAAUCAUGCAGAGGUUGCACUUUUUGCAUUCCGCGCUGCAUAAAUUGUGGGCGCUGUCUAAAUGAUACUGAUUACGAGGAGACAUUCUAUCUGGACUUGAUUUGUCUGAAUUGCUGGAUGGAUAUCUUGAAUUGUCAGGAUAGAGUCACGCUUUCACCAAAACUCCCUUAUAUUCAUCAGCAGGCAAGUUACAGCCUUUUCAUAUAUGACUGAAUAACCUUUUUCCUGGAUAUGACUUCAGGCUAUGUAUGGCUAUAUAUAUACAUAAUGGAGACAUUACAUUGAAGAUCCUUUAUACGGUGGAGCCAAAAGGAUAGAAAUUGAAUUGUCAGUUGCAACUACUUGAGCUCAUUCUCGUGUUUUGGAAGGUUUCAAGUGCACUUGUUAUUGCAUCUUUAGUGAAGUGGAUUACAUAGUACUCGACUGUAUUAUAGAAGGGAAAAUAUAUAGCCAACUUCUUGUCCUAUGUACUCUCUAUACUACACAAGGGACCUACUUAACGGAAAAAGCUGUGGAAGAGGAGUUGAUUUAACAUGUCAACUAUGUCUUGAAGGAUGGCCGGAUGAUAUUAAUAGUUGAUAAUUAUUGAGAAGUAUUGUAAAUAUCCGCACAGAAAAUCCUAAUUCUGUACUGUAAUAAAUGUUAAUUUGGGAUUCAUGUGUCGCCUUUCUAAGUGUGAUGUACUGCUGCAUUUCCAUAUAUGGGAGCAAGUUACAUGUUUAUGCUUAUUUGUCUAUG